AUGGAUGCGCUGAAUUUCACCUACUGGAACGCCUCGGAGGGCAAUGACACCGAUGCGGAAGAGGAGCGUGAGAGCUCCUACAAGACGGUGGAGGUGGUCUUCAUCGUGCUAGUUGCUGGCUCCCUUAGCCUGGUCACUGUCAUCGGCAACAUCCUGGUCAUGCUCUCUAUAAAGGUCAACAGGAACCUGCAGACCGUCAACAACUAUUUCCUCUUCAGCUUGGCAUGCGCCGACCUCAUUAUAGGACUCUGCUCAAUGAACUUGUACACGGUCUACAUCGUCAUCGGGUACUGGCCUCUGGGACCGGUGGUUUGCGACUUGUGGCUGGCACUGGACUACGUGGCCAGCAACGCUUCAGUCAUGAAUUUGCUCAUCAUAAGCUUUGACAGGUACUUCUGUGUGACAAAGCCCCUCAGCUACCCUGUUAAAAGGACCACCAAGAUGGCAGGCAUGAUGAUCGCCGCUGCCUGGGUCCUGUCCUUCAUCCUGUGGGCGCCGGCUAUUCUCUUUUGGCAAUUCAUCGUGGGCGGGCGGACUGUGCCAGAAAGGGAGUGCUACAUUCAGUUCUUCUCAAACGCAGCAGUCACUUUUGGCACCGCCAUCGCCGCCUUUUACUUGCCCGUAAUCAUCAUGAUUCAGCUCUACUGGCAAAUCUCAAGAGCGAGCAAGAGCCGUGUCAAGAAGGAUAAUCGCAAGCCGUCGGGAGGCAAUGCCGAGCCGCUGUCACCUGCCAAGCGCAGGAACAACAAACCGAACAACAACAACAUACCGGCCGAGAACAGAGCGGCUUCCCUGAGCCAGAACACGGAGGACUGCAGCAACCAGGACGGCGCCAACCAGCACGACGGCAGGAUGCAGAAUGGCAAAGCGCCUACCUCAACCACGGCCGAGGGCGAAACCGAGGGCGACGAUGCGGCCAGGGAGAUCGGCGCUGCCGGCGAGGAGAAGGAGAGCUCUAACGACUCCACCUCGGGCAGUGUGGCCGCAUCCAACGUGAAAGAUGAGGAAACGCCGCCGUCUGCAACCAACUCGGCCGCCGACCCCGGCCGACCGCUCCCCCGCCAGCGCGCCAAGGCGGGCGUAUCCAAGCUGACCUGCAUCAAGAUCAAAGCGAAACCCCCCAAAGGGGACUGCUACACACCGUCCAACGCCACGGUGGAGAUCGUGCCCGCCACCGAGCGACAGAACCACGUGGCCCGCAAGAUCGUGAAGAUGACCAAGCAACCGCCUAACAAGAAGAAGAAGGCGGCCCCGUCACGUGAAAAGAAGGUGACGCGCACCAUCAUGGCCAUCCUGGUGGCUUUUGUAGCAACGUGGACACCUUACAACGUGAUGGUGCUGAUCAACACUUUUUGCUCUAGCUGCAUCCCCAACACGGUGUGGACGCUAGGCUACUGGCUAUGCUACAUCAACAGCACCAUUAACCCCGCCUGCUACGCUCUCUGCAACGUCACCUUCAAAAAGACAUUUAAGCACCUGCUGCUCUGCCAGUACAAGAACAUUCGGUCUGCCAGGUAG